UAUUUAUUUCCUUCUUAGUUUAAUAUUUUUUUGGUGUAUAAAGAGGGCAAAAAGCCCAAAACAGCAACAAAACUGUUUAGACUACGAUAACAAGACCAUCAUAGGAAGAUCGUCACCAGCAAGGUCAUCAUCAAGAAGAGUCUAAAUUAUAGGAGGAGAGGAAAUCCAAAACACGGGCACCAAACCCAACACCAUGGCCCAUAAACAACUAUUUUGCUCUUUGUAAAUGUGAUACUUACCUGGACGGCAAGGGCGUAGCUAGCACAACUGACUCUCUUUGCCUAAACCAACUUUUCUACUCAACCACUUCCAAUUCCAAGCUACAUUCCUCAGUCCACAAAACUUUGUAGUUUUAGUUUUGGUUCCAAGGAUCAAAAGCUACCCAAUAUGCUUAUCACGCACAGCUACUCCCCUUAACAAAACCCACAUGAAACCCAUAUUGUGCAGAUUGAGAGAGAUACAAAGGACAGUUCACACUUCAGCUUGUGCCCUUCUUACUGAAACCCAGAAAGCUAAUGCCUAUCUUGUUAGACAUUCAAAGACCUCAGACACAUUCUUGACUGCCCACCAAGUGUUCGAUGAAACGCCUGACUUAAACGUGGUCUCGGCCACUACAAUAAUAGGCAGCUUUGCUCGGCAGCACCAUCAUGAACAAGCUGUGUAUCUCUUUUCAAGAAUGCUUGUUUUGAAUAUUCGACCCAACGAGUACACAUUUGGCACUGUCAUUCACUCCUCGACCGCGCUUGGAGAUUUGAAUAUAGGCAAGCAACUUCAUGCAUGUGCAACAAAGAUGGGUCUGCAUUCGAAUGUCUUCGUGGGUAGUGCAAUUUUGGAUCUUUAUGCUAAGCUGAGCAUAAUCCAGGAUGCUCGAAGAGCUUUCGAAGAUACCCAGAAGCCGAAUGUGGUUUCCUACACUACAUUGAUAUGUGCUUACCUGAAAAAGGAGAUGCUUGAAGAUGCUCUCGAGCUUUUCCGAGUGAUGCCAGAGAGGAAUGUAGUUUCAUGGAAUGCGAUGAUUGGAGGGUAUAGCCAAACAGGCCACAAUGAAGAGGCUGUGAAUCUUUUCAUUGAGAUGCUUCGAAAUGGGUUGGUGCCGAGUCAGUCUACUUUUCCUUGUGCUAUAAUUGCAGCUGCCAAUAUAGCAGCACUAGGAAUUGGGAGAAGCUUUCAUGCCUGUGCUGUCAAGGCUUUGGGUAAGUUUGAUGUGUUUAUUAGCAAUUCUCUAAUAAGCUUUUAUGCAAAAUGUGGGAGCAUGGAAGAUAGUCUCUUGGUUUUCGAUAAACUCAGGGGAAGAAACAUUGUUUCUUGGAAUGCUGUGAUUUGUGGGUAUGCUCAAAAUGGUAAAGGAGAGGAAGCCAUAAGUUUUUUCGAAAAGAUGAGGGUCUCAGAUUGUAAACCCAACAGUGUUACAGUUCUGGGGUUAUUGUGGGCUUGUAAUCAUGCUGGUCUUGUUGACAAGGGUUACUCCUAUUUUAACCAGGCAAGAAUGGAGGACGCCGGCAUUCUAAAGCCCGAGCAUUAUGCUUGUAUGGUUGAUUUACUCUCGCGCUCAGGGUGUUUCAGACAAGCUGAGGAGUUUAUUAGUGAUUUGCCUUUUGAACCAGGUAUUGGGUUUUGGAAGGCAUUGCUUGGUGGCUGCCAAAUCCACUCAAAUAUGGAAUUGGGGGAGUUUGCUGCAAGAAGAAUCUUGGCUUUGGAUCCUGGAGAUGUGUCAUCAUAUGUUAUGGUAUCUAAUGCACAUUCUGCAGCUGGACGGUGGCAGAGUGUGUCAACAGUAAGGAGAGAAAUGAAAGACAAAGGGAUGAAGAGGAUUCCAGGUUGCAGUUGGAUAGAAAUCAGAAGCAAAGUUCAUGUAUUUACCACCGGCGAUAAGAAUCAUCACCAAAUGAAUGAAAUUUAUACUGUGUUAGAAAUUCUGUACAGAGCAUUUGAGGGAGAAUAAAUCGAGAGGAGAAAAUUGUCUUGAUGAUAUAUAAUUCUCUACUGCACCAACACUUAGCUGGAGCUGGCCUUCAAGCUAAAUGUGCUUCUGUGCAAGCAACUUGAGGAAGCUUCAAAUACAUAAUCUGGGGAGAAAAUGCCUAACCAAAUGCAAUUUUCAAAUCUCUUGGAAGAGAACAGAAAAUUACCUGAUAUGAAAUAGGUUUUUUUUUUUUUUUAAGUGUUAAACACCUUCCUUCAAAUUUUGAUAUUUGCCUGUAUGGUGUUCAUAUCAGGUGUUCUAUAUCAGCUAGACAGCUAAUUAUGUUGCUCAUAUCUAUCAAAAUGGGCCUCUUCCCGAUAUAAAUGUUGCGCUGGUUAUACAAAAAGAUGUUACUGCACGGAUCGGAAUUUAAAAGAGAGUUUCUAUUGAGACCUCCAAAUUUGCUCA